GGCUGCGAGGGAAAAGGCUGCGAGGGCCUGAGCUGAGCGUGAGAGUGCGUGUGUGCGGCAGCCCCGGGAGCGAGGUGCUUAGCCAGAGAGCCCUGAGGAGUGCGGCGGGGAAGAAGGGAAGCGGCCUGGAGCUAUGAGCACGGCGACUGACCGUGGGUUCUGGACUAGGCAGCGUGGGGGCGAGCAAGCCGCGGAGAUGCCAGCCCGUCGUCAGGGGCCCAGCAGGCCAAGGCGGGGAGCUCGGAGGCCUUGGGGGAGGAGACGGGCUGCAGGGGCGCCCCGAGGCCGUGGAACCAAGCGCGAGUCGAGGUUCUCGGUGUGGGGAACUGGCUGUGUGAAUGCAGAGAGGCUGCAGGAGUGUCGGCGGCCACGGGGGAGGAGGCCAGCUGCGGAGCCAGCAGAGGCUGUUGGGGCAAAGGCGGCCUUGGGGGCACCUGGUAUUGCACGGUCUAUUGCGGCUGCAAGAGACCCAGAGACUGUGUGGGUAAACGGGGCUGUGGGAGAACCCCAGGUGGUGGGGCCUAUCGGGUCUGUGUGGGUGACUGGAACUGGGAUUGAGGAGACGGACUAUAGGAGUCCUCUGGGCUGUGAGAGAAAAGGCCGUCCUGGAUCUCUGGGGCAUGGGAGCAUUCUGGAACUGUGGCUGAAGGUGCAGGCCAUGAGGGCAGCUUCAGGUUAUGGAGAAGAGAGCAGAGUUGAGCUCUACCCUGUGCCUGCAGGGCAGGGGCCAGUUGAAAGGGGUGUCCCUGGCCAGGCUUCAUGGGUAGAGACAAGCCUUGGUGGCCUCACAGGACCGUGGGUGAAAGGACAGGCUAGGGCAGUCCCUCGGGCCACGGGAAUACCUGUAACUAAGGGGUUAGUAGUAGGUUACGAGAAGGUCUUAGGUUCGUGUGGGCAGGGGCAGGCUGUGAGAAUGCCUGGUACUGUGGAUUCAAGUUGUGGGAUUGCCCCAUGCCUGUGGGGGAGGGGACAUGCUGUGGGGAUGCCUGGGGCAGUGGAGGGGAGAGGCAGUGGGGUUGCCCUUUGCCGUUGGGGAAAAGGACAGACUAAGGGGGUGCCUGGGUUUGUGGGGUGGCGCGAGGUGGCAGGAGUUCCCAGAACUGUGGAGGGAGAGACAGGUUGUGAGGGUGCUCCAGGUCUGUGGGGGAGAGGGCAGUCCACGCAGGUAUCUGGUGCUUUGGAAGAAGAGCCAGUCUAUGGCAGUACCCCAAGCAUGUGCGGAAGGGGACAGGCUGUGGGGGUGGCUGCUGUUGUGGAGACUAGGUCUGUGGGUGCCCCAGGCAUGUGGCGGAGGAGACAGGCUGUGGAGGAGAUAGGCUGUGGGGGUAUUCCUGGCUUACGGGGCACAGGACAGCCUGUGGGGGUGUCUCGUGCUAUUGAAGAGGAAACCAGAUACGGGGGUGACCCAGGAUUCUGGGAAAGAGGACAAGCUGUGCGGGUAGAGACUGGCUCUGGAGGAGGCCCAGGGUUUUGGGAAGCUGUUGGGGAUGUGGGGUUAUCUGGUACUGAUGAGGAAGAGGCAGGUUCUGGGGGUGCUCCAGGCUUGUGGGGGAUGGAAGCGGUUAUAGGAGUACCUAAGACUUUAAGGGAAGAGACAGGCCAUGGGCCUGUCUCUGGUCAUUGGGGAACAGAAGUGCCUGUGGGGGUGGCCCAGGCUGUGGUGGUCCCACGGGCCAUGGGAGAAGAGACAGGCUAUGGUGGUACCCCAGGCCUGUGGUAUAGACAGCAGCCUCAGGGGGCACCUCCAGCUGAGACAGUGCCAGGAGUUGUUGGUGAGGAGAUAUGCUGUGAGCGUGUCGUGAGCCAGUGGGAAGGGAGGCAGGUUAUUGGGGAGCAAGAGACCGUGGUGUCUACAGCUUUAGGGAUGUCUGGGCCUGCGAAUCAAGAGACUGAGACUGGCUCUGGGGAUGUUUCUUGUCUGUGCAGGAGGAGACAAACUGUGGGGCCGUCUGCGACCAUGGGGAUACCCAAGGCAGCAGGUGUGCCUAAGCACAGGCGUACUGCAGUAGGGGUCCCCAUAGCUGUGGAUGAGCCCAGGUCUGAGAGGGUGCCUGCUGCUGUGUGGGUAUCUGGCCCUGUGGGGCAGGAAAACAGCCCUGGAGGUGCCGUGAACCUGUGGGAAAGGGUUCGUACUCCCCGAAUGCCCAUGGCUUCAGGGAGGUCCGUGGCUCCUGGGGAGCUGUGGUCUGUGGGGGAGGAUUCUGGUGCUGGGGCUCUCCCAGGAUCUUGGGGAAGGAGACAGGCUGGUGGGGUUCCCACGAUGACCCAGGUUUCUGUGGAUCCUGAGGUGCCUGGGCCUGUAGGGGAGGAGCCUGGCUCUGGAAGUGUCCCAAGGUUGUGGGGAAGGAGGCAGGCUGCCAGGGUUCCCAUGGCCGCUGAAGUGCCCACCCCUUUUAGGGUGCCUGGUCCUCCAGGUGUGGACCCUGGCUCUGGAGAUUUCUUAGGCUUGAUGGGAAGGAGACAAGCUGUACAAGUACCUGUGGCUGUAGGGGUGUCCGCAGUGGGCAGGAUGCCCAUGGUGCCCAGGUGGCCUAGGCUUGUGCAGGAGGAGAUGGGCUCUGGAGGUGACACAGGUUUAUGGGGAGGGAGAGAGACUGUGGGAGUACCUGCAGAUGCUAGGGGGCCCACGAUGCCUACGUCUGUCAUGAUAGCCGAGCCCACGGGGGAAAAGACUGGCUCUGGGGGCGUCUCAGGCUUGUCAGGAGGUAGACCGACUGCAGGGGUACCUGUGGUUUUGGGGCUGCACACAGCCACUGGGCUUGAGGGGGCGGAGAUGCACUCUGGGGGUCACUUGUGCAUAUCGAGAAGACAGACUGCUGGCAUGCCUGUGGCUGCUGGGGUUUCUAUGGCCGUGGGAGUGCCCACAGGCGCUGGGGCCCUUGGGCCUCUGGCGGGGGAUACCAGUUCUCAGGACAUCUCCGACAUUUGGGGAAGGAGACAGGCUACUGAAAUACCAAUUGCUGCCAGUGUCCCUGGCCCUGUGGAAGGGGAGACUGGUUUUGAUGGUGUCUCGAGCCUGUGGAGGAGACAGACUAGAACAGUUCCUGCAGCUGUUCAGGGGCCUGAGUCUUUGGGGCUGCUUGGAGCUGUGGGAGUACCUGUGCCUGGGUGGGUGCCCGCUGCAGUAUGGGUGAGUGGGUCCAUAGAAGAAGAAAUGAACGGGGGUGUCAUGGGCCUGACAGCGGUGAGAAGGGAGUUGACAGAGGGGCCUGGGGCUUCAGGAGAGGAGACAGGAGGUAGGAACAUCCUGGAACUGGCAGGGAGGAGACAGGCUGGGGGGGUGUUGCAUACUUGUGGGGGUGGGGCCAGGCUAUGGGGCUGUCACAGAUCUGUGGGAGAAGAAAGAGACUACAGGAAUGUUCCAGGAGUGUCAGGGACAAGAAAAACUAUGGGGCUACAUGAAACUGUGGGGGUGCCCCCAGUUUCAAGGGAGGAAAUGGGCUUUGGUUAUUUCACAGAUCAUCCACAGCAGAGGGGGAGGAGGGAGGCUGGAGGAGUUUCUGGAAACAGACUGAGGGGGGACAAUUUGGGAGACAGUUAUGUGGAGGAGGACAGAUUGAGAGGGGCGUCCCAGUAGUAUGUAUAAGAA